AUGAGCGACUUAUUUGCUCUGCUGGUCAUAUUCUUCUCCUCCAAACUUGGCCAUAAUGGUAGUGGCAAAUCAAAUGUUCUUCUUGGAGUCUCUUUCGUGCUCGGAGAAAUCGGAAACUCUGCCGCAGAGCGACGCCUACUUCUUCAUGAAGGGAUACACGGUCGAGUGGCCAGCGGCUUUGUCGAGCUGACGCUGAACAAUGCAAAUAGACAGCUCUGCAUGUUCAAUGCGGAUUCUGUAGUAAUUCGUCGCUCCUUUUCCCUAAGCGCUGACGACAUCACCGUGCAAGGCAAUUUAGUUAGGUCAUUACGUUUGCGUGCUUUUGUGCUUAACGUAUUCAGCAAGGCGGAAUUCGAACAGCUUAUUGAAUGUGCAAGUCUUUCUGGUGGUGGCGAUCGUGUGGGCCGCAGCGGCACUAGCAGCACUUUUAUAAUUCAUCAAGGACGCAUACAGGAGGUUGCGUUGCUCUCUGCUGCUGGUCGACUGCGUCUGCUUCUGUCUGCUGGCUCUGGCGCCUUCAUUGAUGCAAAAGCCAAGGAGACCGAACAGCUGCUCCAGCAAGCAGCAGUCGAGCAGGAUACUGUCACAAGGACGCUCAACGAUCUCGAAAAACAGCUCAAUGACAUGGAUAAAGAAAGGCAGGAACUACGUCUUUGCGUGGAGAUGGAGAAGGAGAAGUCACAUAUUGAAGCUGCCAUACAUCAGGCGGACUGGCUGCAAGCAACAGAAACCCUUAGGCAGUUAGAACAGCAACAAGAGAAGCAUCGGUCGUCUGUCCGCCGCCUUGCUGCUGCUGCUGCCGAAGCCGAGUCGAUGCGAGACGAAGCAGCAACCCAGCUGGCGAAUUGUAAACUGAAGCCCUCAGCAAGCCCGAACCCAACAAUUCUCCUGCAAUGCCAGGAAACCCGUUUGCGUUUGGAGUCAGGUCUUCUAGCUGAGAGGGCGGAAACCCAGCAGCAGAAAUCUGACACUGCAAAGAGAACACUAGAGGAGAAGAAACGGCAAAUGCGGCAAAUCCGAGAAGGAACUAGAGGACAGCUUGAAGCCUCAGCAUGCUGCUGCUGUCGCUGCCUAUCGAAAAGCACAGCUGGAACAUGCGCAGCAGCACGGCAAGCGGCAAUAAAAGAAGAACUUAAAGAAACAGAGCAACAACAAAGAGCAGACGCGGCAGAGUAUAAGCAAAACAAACGAAAGGCUGAGCUGCUAAGAAAGGAAGUAGAAGAAGCGCAAAUGGCGGCAGCGGCAAAAGCAGCUGCCGCAGCAGCAGCAGCGGCAAUAGUGAAAGAAAUGACAAAACAAAUUUCCAGCCUAAAGACGCCGCUCGAAGAGGUGGUGGAGCAGCAACGGCAACAACAAGCAAGGCUUUCAAACUUACUGCAGCAGCGUAAUGCUGCAGCAACAAGUAUUCGGACAGCCACAGAAGAGAUCGCUAAGAGGGAGGGCUGGGACCAAGGUGGAGGCAUUGCAGCACCUUUAGCUAGCUUUCUGCACGCGUUGGAGGCAGUGGCACGUCUCAAGCAGCAGCAGCAGGAGCAGAAGGGUUCGCUUCUACAACGGAAGUGCUGUGUCUCUGUCGUCCCCAUCAAGGAGGUAGCUGAGCAGCAGCAGCGUCAAAAUAGCCGGCGGCACCAACAACUGCAGCAGCCAGGAGAGCAUGCGACUGCUCUCGAGACGUACGUGCAUACUGUCUUCUCUCGCUCCCUUCUCGUGCCUUCUCUGGAUACACCCGAGGUUCAGAGGUUUCGACUGUGUCAACAUAGAAGGGGAUGUAUCCUUCGCUUCUGGUGCCAUGAGAGGAGGCGGGCACCCCAAGGGAGACAAACUUGGAACUUAUUUCGCAAGAAACAUAAGGACAUUAGUGUCGAGUUAGAUUGCCAGCAGCAAAUGCUUGUACAACUGCAGAAAAGACACAAGGAACUGCUGCAGCAAGAGCAAAUAUUGAUAGAAAAGCGAAUGGAAGCUUAUCAUAACGCCGAGACAGCAUUAGCAGAGCAACAGCAAAGCGAGAUGGCCCACCGCGCUGCCACUUCCCUACUCUCCGCUUUGAAAGAAGAAGAAACGGCAACCGCAACGCGUGCUGCAGCUCGCAAACAACUUGUUCAGUCCCUACGCCACGAAGCCUUACACGCCAGGCAGCCUGCGCUAACUGCGGCAGAAGAGCAGCAGUUGAAGCAGCUACCACAGCUGCUCCAGCAGCAGCAAGAACAGCUGCUGCAGCUUCUACGCCGAGUUGAAGAGACAGCUGGAUCCAUCAGCAAGGCAGAACAACUACUUGAGGUCUCUUUGCGAAGAGCGAUCGACCGUGUAAUUAAGCUCUGA